AUGAAUACCAAGAUUGCCAAAGCCUGCGAACCAUGUCGAUUGCGGAAAAAACGAUGCAACGGAUCUCAUCCAUGCAAUCACGCUGACUGCCAAGAUGCACCGGAAUCUUGCGUGUAUCGUCACAAGACACGGAUACGAAGAUCGAAAAGAGACAACAAUACCCAGCCUACGUCACAAUUGCCUUUACUAAGAUCUAACCAAUCAAAUGAGCGACAUUCAAAAUCCCCCUGGCAUGACGGUCAGGCUGCUGGAACUACCGAUCAGGGAGUUCAGCAUGAGGUUUACCACAGUGUAACCGAGACACACUUAUCACCCUCUUCGAUCGACAGCUCGCAGCUAUUCUACGGACCUUCGUCUUACUUUGCCUUCCUCCAGCAAAUACACCGAGGCGUCUUGCCUACGACCCAACAUGGCCAAUCUAAUCAGAGCGAGGCCCGAUCAGGCGUCGACACAUUCAUGCAGAGAUCCAUAUUCUUCGGCACGCCAUCCAGGAUAAACCCAGAGGCGAUCCGAUCUGAAAGUAUCCAACUGGCACCUAUAUCAAAGGAGGUGGCGUUCAAGUUUCUCGAGUUCUUCAAGACAACGGCUCACUUCCGGCUUCCAUUUUAUACCACGAGUGAAUUGGACGGCCUUUUGGAAAAUCUCUACAACCCUCAACAUGUUCGCAACAUACCGCCACAGACCAAGGCCAGUUUCUUGGUUAUGCUCGCCAUCGGCGCUUUAUACACACCAGAGACAGACCUCGCAGAAACCCUCUUUACCGAAGCCAGACGGGAAGCAGUCAUAUUGGAGGAUGCUGUAACAUCAAAGACACUCCAGCUUUCCCUACUGUUCGCCGACUACCAGGUCAACAUGGGUCGCCCAAAUUCCACCUAUCUACAUCUCGGCGUGGCUUGUAGAAAGGCGUUUGCAUUGGGGCUACAUAUUGGAUCACUCUAUACCAGAUUGGACAGUCCUACAUUGCAAAGCCACCAGCUUACUAUAUGGUCACUCUAUUUUUACGAAACGUACCAGGCCCUUUCCCUAGGACGCAAGAGCGGUCUCAAGCUGACGGACAUCACAUGUCCGUUCCCGACCGAGCCACUGCCUUUAGUCAGGCUAUGCCGAAUCGCCAGGAUCAUGGAAGAUGCUGCCGAAGCCAUAUACGGAAGAAAGGCCACUUCGGUUCGACAGCUGUAUGUCGUUGCGGAAGAGUUGCGAGUCCGACUGCAUCAGUUUGCCCAAGAUUGUGGUAUCGGCUCUCCGCGGCUGGACUCUGACCAAGACUCUCUCGACUGCCACGAGUCUAUGGCGUUGCAUAGUAUGUAUUACCACGCCAUAAUUUUAAUCUUCCGUCCUUUCCUGGUUGCCAAGCAGGCCAUGCGUGUCAAUGGUGGCACAAACGAGGUCAAAGACAUGUGGUUGCGCCAGGCAUGUAGGCAUGCUGUCGAUGCAGCUCAAGACUCUAUAGAGUUCUCUGUCAAUAUGGGGCAAACUUGCACUGCCUCUCGCUACCAAGGAUUCUUUAUCGAAUGCAGCUGUGCAGUUCUGCUCUACGAUAUCCUCUACCAGCCUUCCAAGUAUUCGUUCAACAUGGAGUACAUCGAGAAGGCCAUUCAGGCUUUAUCUUCCAUGGUAUCAGACGAGCCCAUAACAUCCGCCUUGAAUUCUAUUCGCCGUGUCUUGGAAACCAUUGAAGCAUCGAUUCCUGGGCACGUCCAUGGUAAACAGCCAAUGGUACCAGAGAGUGUCGCAGAGGUUUCACACCAAUACUCCCGUGUACAAUUCCCUCCACUGAACCCGAUGGAGAUGAGCGAGUCGGGCAGGAUGAUCCUUCUUACCGAUGAUGUUGGCACUGAGGACAACAGAUCGCACUCUUUCGCGCCAGGGUUACCCAAUACCUUUGCGAAUCAGGAUUGGACGAGCUCGACCCAUUUCAACCUUGACGUGAUGACUACAGAUCUUUUCAACUUUUUUCCGUUAGUUAUGACAACACCAAUGGGGUAUGCAACUGGUGACAGUACAGAUGUAUCACAACAGUAG